AUGAAAGGCCCUGUGGCUACUCUAGUUGUAGCUGGCCUCGCCGCCGGCCUCGUCUCGCCCAACAGCAAGGCGGCGUUCAUGGCCCAGCAGCUUGCGGCCGAUAGCGCACCCAAUGCUGUUUCCAUGGCUUCUUUGCAGAGCUUAAAAACGCAGCAGAGAAACAGCGACCGUGCAGAGGGUUUGUACGACGCGGAUCGCUACGUCGCUCAGGCUGCUGCCAAGUGCUCCAACGGCAAGGCUGGCGAGUACAGCUGCCGCAACGUGGACCUUGCCGGUUUCAUUCGUCACCAAGACACUGGCAGUGGCCAGCGUGAAGGAAACGAUCUAUGGGGUUGGACGUCGUCGACCGGCCGAGAAUUCGGCAUCAUUGGCCAGACUGAUGGCACAGCUUUCGUCGAGGUGCUCAAGGACGGCAGCUUACAAUACAUUGGCCGUCUGCCGACGCAGACUGAAAACUCUGUCUGGCGUGACAUGAAGGUCAUUGGCAACCACGCCUACAUUGGCGCCGAGGCGAGAAACCAUGGCUUGCAGGUGUUUGACCUCACCAAGCUCCUGACCUUGGACCCCAAGAAACCAAAGACAUUCAACACCAACAGCGAUCUCACCGCGCACUACAAGGACUUUGGCAGCAGCCACAACAUUGUCGCCCACGACACCACCAACACAAUCUCGGCCGUUGGCACCAAGCCCGCCGACGGAUGCAACGCGGGUCUCUGGAUGCUCGACGUGUCCGACCCAAGCAGGCCCCAAAAGUCGGGCUGCGUCAGCGAGGACGGCUACGUCCACGACGCGCAGUGCGUCAUUUACAGCGGUCCUCACCAAGAGUACAAAGGCCGCGAGAUUUGCUUCAACUACAACGAGGACACGCUCACAAUCGCCGACGUUACGGAGCGCGCCAGCCCCAAGCAGCUCUCCCGCACCACGUACAAGGGCGCCACGUACACCCACCAGGGCUGGAUCGCGGACGAGGAGAUGCGCUACCUGCUGCUCGACGAUGAGCUCGACGAGAGCUCAAAGACGGGGCCCGCCGCGGACCAAAAGACGACGACGUAUAUUGUCGACGUCUCUGACCUGACAAAGCCCGUCUUUACCGGCCUGUACAAGAGCCCGGCCAAGUCCAUCGACCACAACCAGUAUGUCAUUAAUGGGCUCUCAUACCAGGCUAAUUACGGCUCUGGUCUGCGUAUUGUCGACGUUUCGUCCGUCACCCAGGAUCCGACUGGUGCUAGCUUAAAGGAGGCUGGUUUCUUUGACGUCCGCCCCGAGGAUGAUUCUGUUGGCGGACAAGCUACGUUUAACGGCGCCUGGUCUGUUUACCCGUACCUGAAGAGUGGUUACAUUCUGGUGAAUAGCAUCGAGCGUGGCGUCUUUUCUGUCAAGUACACUGCCUAG